AUGAAGGAUUUGGGUCUUCUCAGCUAUUUUCUCGGCUUGGAAAUCUCUUAUAAUUCGUCUGGUUACUUUCUCUCCCAAGCCAAGUAUACUUCUGAUCUCUUGGCUCAUGCUGGUCUUAUCGAUUGCAAAACUACCUCUACUCCCGUUGAUCCUCAGACUCGUCUCACACCUCUUGUCGAUCACCUAUUGUCUGAUGAUACUUUAUAUUGUCAACUAGUUGGCAGUCUUGUCUAUCUCAUGGUUACUCAUCCAGACAUUACUUACGUUGUUCACAUUGUUAGUCAGUUCAUGGCUGAUCCUCGCUCUCCACACUAUGAUGCUCUAGUUCGCAUUUUACGAUAUCUCAAAGGCACUAUGUUUCAUGGUCUUCACUACUCUGCUCAUUCUUCCUUGCAGUUACAUGUAUUUUCUGAUGCUGAUUGGGCAGGGGAUCCUACUGAUCGCCGUUCUACUACAAGAUUCUGCUUCUUCUUGGGUGACCCUCUCAUUGCCUGGUGUAGCAAGAAGCAAACUCUUGUUGCUCAUUCUAGUGCUGAGGCUGAGUAUUGUGCUCUUGCUGACACUACUCAGAAGCUCGUGUGGCUUCACUGGCUUCUUUCUGAUAUGGGGGUUUCUCAUUCUACUGCGAUUAACCUCUAUUGUGAUAGUCAGAGUGCUAUUCAAAUUGCCCAUAAUGAUGUCUUCCAUGGUCGCACAAAGCAUAUUGUGCUUGAUUGUCACUUUAUAUGA